GCGGGGCUGCGGGGCCUCAUGGGCCCCGGCUACAGUCGGCUAAACGACGUAACAAUUCAGCAAGCCUCGCAGGGCCUCGCAAUGUACCUGCUGGACCGCCACGGAAAGGAGGCUUGCGCAGCCAGAGGGAUUGUCAUUGGCAGGGACUGCAGACACAACUCCGAGCGGUUCGCGCACUUGGCGGCUGCGACGUUUUUGAGUGUGGGGUUUAAAGUGCUGCUGUGUGGGGCCCCAGUGGCGACGCCGCUGCUGGCGUUUGCUGCGCUGCAGCAGCAAACUGUUGCUGCUGCUGCUGUUACUGCUUCUCACAACCCGAAGGCCUACAACGGCUUCAAAGUCUUCGACAGCAACGGCGCGCAGAUAGUGCCGCCCGUCGACGCCCGCAUCGCCCAGGCCAUUCAGCAGCACCAAGAACUGUGGCCUUCUGUGGAGAAGUUCUUUUGCCGCACUUCGGGGAAGUGCAGCGCAGCAGCAGCAGCAGCAAACUUGUCGGACCCCACAGCAGCACUGACUGAGGCCUACGUGGCAGCAAUUGCUGCAGACCUGCGCGAGCCCGAGGGCUUCCGCGCAGCAGCAGCAGCAGCAGCAGCAGCACCAGCAGCAGCAGCAGCAGCAGCAAAAGAAGAUAAGAAUAACUUCAAAAUUGUCUACACUCCACUCCAUGGAGUUGGACUUCCUUUUGUCCAAAAGCUCUUCGAGCGCUGCGGCAUGGCCGACGUGCUGCUGCCAGUGGAGCAGCAGUGCGACGGCGACCCGGACUUCUGGAGUGUGCCAUUUCCAAAUCCUGAAGAGUCUGGAGCUUUAAAACUUGCAAUUGAAAAAGCAGAAAAAGAAAACGCCACUCUCAUUCUCGCCAACGACCCCGACGCAGACAGACUCGCCGUCGCCGAAAAAGUCGACGGGAAGUGGUACCAGUUCACUGGGGACGAACUGGGGGUGCUGCUGGCCGCCUAUUUGAUGGAUUUGCGUUCGGCCCAAAACAUAAAAAAAGAAAAACAACUUUUUGUUGCUUCUGUUGUUUCUUCCAAGAUGCUCAAGGCCAUGGCGGAGGCGAACGGGUGCGUGUACGCGGAAGCGGAGACGGGGUUCAAGUGGCUGGAGAACAAAGCCAUGGAAGUGGAAGCAGCAAAAGGAGUUACUUCAGUUUUGGUUUAUGAAGAAGCUUUGGGUUAUGGAGUGAGUGGUUUAGUUCGAGACAAAGACGGAGUUGCUGCUGCUGCAGCAGCAGCAGCAGCAGCGCAGCAGCUGCGCGCGCGCGGCAGCAGCCUCAGCUGCUGCCUCGCCGCGCUGCGGCAGCAGUACGGCGGCUUCUACACCUGCAACGGCUACUGCAGCAUGCAGCAGCAGCAGCAGCAGCAAGUGCUGCAGUGGCUGCUGCAGCAGCAAAAAAGCGGAGCAGCAGAACUCGCGGGAGAGCCCCUGGCUGCAGCGCCGGGGUGUACAGACACCCCGGGGUGUACAGACACCCCAGCGACCGCCCCGAGCGGCACUGAGCCCAAGCUCAAGUACUACGCGGAAAUCCGAAGCCACGAAAACCCCCAAACCGCCAAACAAAAACUCCAAACCCUCGUCGACAAAGUCCUGCAGGCCCUCCCCAAACCCUAA